AGGCACCACCUCAACAUCCUCCUCAUGGCAGCAGAGCUCCUCCAGGCCACUGGGGGCAGAAUAGAGCAGAUGGAACAGAAGAUGAGGCAGAUGUCAGAGAUGCAAAUGUCCUCCACCUCCUCUACCUUCAGCUCCUCCAUGAGCUCCGCAAAGCUGCGAAAAGUUUCUCAGGGCUUGUUAAAAACCAUGGAAGAGCACACUGGGGUUCAGCGUAAGACCUCAGCUGUGGCAGAGUCCUUCAGCCAGGUACAGAAAUCCUCCCAGAUCCCCGAGGGAGAGUCUGUCCCAGAUUUUGAGGAGAAGCUGCGCCCCAUCACUGCCCAAGAGGGUGACAAUGCUGUGUUCAAGGCCAAGGUGACAGGGAAGCCCCAGCCCAGUGUUAAAUGGGAACGAGCCAGUGGGUGCCCACUCUCUGAUGCGACAAAAUCGUUCUAUGACAACAUAAACAAUCAGCAUAUACUCAAGAUCAAAAACUUGGUCCUGGAGGAUGCUGAUGUCUACAAGUGCAUUGCCUCCAACAAACAUGGAGAAGCCACCUACUCUAUAACCCUCAUUGUUACAGAAAAUCCAGCGUUGGACUUCAAAAAGAUGCUGAAGAAACGCAGUGUGGAAAAGAGAGAGGAGAAGAGGCCACCUACAGAGGAGGAGAUGUUAAAGAUCCUGGCUGGAGCUGACAAGAAGGACUACGAGAGGAUCUGUGCCGAGCACGGCUUCACCGACUUCAGAGGCAUCCUCAAGAAGCUGAAGGAGAUGAAGAAGAAAGUGGAGGUGGAGAUGGUACGUGUGCUGAAGCCCCUGGAGGACAUCACUGCCAAAGCUGGCACCAACAUCGUCUUCGACACCAUCCUUGAACUGAAGGAUCCAAACAUCAGGAUGCAUUGGUUUCUGGGUGCUGAGAUGCUGCGGAUCCAGUACUCUCAUGGGAAAUACGAAGUGAAACAGAUGGGAACUAAGCACAUGCUGUGCAUUUCGAGCGUGAGCCUCAGUGACAUGGGCACCUACACUCUGCAGGUUGCAGACAAGAGACUGUCAGCCAGGCUUAACGUCAUAGAUGAACCUUUAAGAUUCCUGUCUGAUUUCAAGCCCAAAAAAGUGACAGAGCGCCAGACCGCCGUGCUCGAGGUCCAGCUCUCUAAGAGGACAGAUGCACCACUCAUCUGGAAGGUGAAAGGAAAAGAAGUGAAAAGAGAUGAGAAGUUCAACGUGUCCCUGUCUGACGAUGGUCUGACCUACACCUUGAAGAUAAAGGAUGUGAAAGUCAGUGACACUGGAGACUACACAGUCAGCAUUGGAGACCUCACUGCCACCGUGCCGCUUUUCAUUGAGCGGAUUCCCAUCAAGUUUACCAGCCAGUUAAAGAAUGUCCGCGCGCAGGAGAGAGGCAUGGCCCGCCUGGAGUGUGAGAUGAGCUCCAAGGACGUCCACAUUCGCUGGCUGAAGGACAGGUGUGAUAUCACAGCCAGCCGUCGCUACAUCUUCAUGCGCGAGGGGAAGAGGGCAGAGGUCAUUAUCGAGGACUGUGAGCUGACAGAUGAGGGAGAGUACUCUGUCAUCUGCACUCAGGACAACGACGCACACGAAUAUGUCACUACUGCCAAUCUGACCGUGGAUGAGCGUUUUGCCUCAGUGAAGAGUGGUAUGUCAGACACUCAGUGCCCUACAGGCUCCCCUGCAGAGCUGUGUGUUGUUCUUGAUGAUGAGAAGGUUGACGGAGUGUGGCUGAAAGAUGGAGUGGAGAUUUCUGAGCUGAGUGGGGUUCAGGUGGUCAAACAGGGGGCCGUCCACAAGCUGAUCUUCUCUGGUGUGACCAAUGCCCAUGAGGGAAAGUACACCUUCAGAGCCAAGGGGGCUGAGAGCGAGUCUGUACUCACUAUUGCUGACCCUCCAGAAAUUGAUUCCUCUCUGCUGGACUUGUUGGGGGCCCGACCUGUUACUGUGAAGGCAGGCCAGACAGCCACCAUUAAGAUCCCCUUCAAAGGCAAACCACCUCCCAAGGUCACCUGGUACAAGGAUGGAGUGGAGGUCAUGGAGGAUGAGAGGACCAAGGUGGAGAGGACAGCUGAUGGCACCUCACUGGUGCUCUGCAGAUGUGUGCGAGAAGACAGUGGUGCAAUUAUGCUCCGUCUGAAGAGUGACUGUGGCACUGCCGUUGCCAACCUGCACCUCAAUGUGAUUGACCAUCCAAAGCCUCCUCAAGGGAAAGUGGAGUUCCUCGAGCUGUCGGGAAAGUGUAUCAAGAUGAAGUGGAAGGCCCCCCGCGACAAUGGAGGCAAACAAGUGACCAGCUUUGUGGUUGAACGGCGUGUGGAAGAUAAGAAGUCCUGGACCAGGGCUGGUGAAGUAGACAGCAGUACCACCAUCUUCAGCGAUGACAAAGUGGAGGAGGGCCUGGCAUACCAGUAUCGCAAGGGCGUUAACACGGAGGGAUUGAGUGACCCUCUCGAGACAGAGGAGGUGCGUGCCGGAGAGCCCGUAGAGCCUCCAGGCGCAGCGUCCCAGCCCCAGGUAUCUAACAUAACCAAAGACACCAUGACCGUGAGCUGGACCUCUCCUGCCCACGACGGGGGAGCCCCAGUUCUAGGCUACAUUCUGGAGAGGAGGAAGAAGGGGAGUAAUAUGUGGUUGCAGGUCAAUAAGGAGCUGCUCACAGAUACAAAAAUUAUGGUGGAAGGGCUGGUGGAUGAUGUGGAGUAUGAGUUCAGAGUCACCAGUGUAAACAGGGCUGGAGCAGGUAGCCCUAGUACCAUUUCUAAUGCAGUCCUUGCCAAAGACCCAAUAAGAGCUCCUGGCCUGGUGAGGAACCUGUGUGUGUCUGAUUCCACAAACUCCUCCAUUUCUCUGAGGUGGAUACCUCCAAAGCAGGGAGACGAGCCCUCGGGUUACAUCCUAGAGGUUCGCCCUGAAGAUGCUAAGGAGUGGAUGAAGGCCACCAAGAUUCCCAUCACUGACACUGCCUUUAAUGUGGGAGGACUUCAAGAGCGGAUGAAGUACCACUUCCGUAUCCGGGCUGUCAAUGAAGGAGGGGUGGGGGAGCCCGUUGAGCUUUUAGAGGGUGUACUGGCCAUGUCUCCGCCAGUGGCACCCAGGUUUGUUCUCCAGGGGAAGCUGAAGAACCAGAUGGUGGUCCGAGCCGGAAUGGCACUCUGUCUUCACCUCAGCUUCACUGCUUCACCUCCCCCAGUGGUAACCUGGUUCAAGGAUGGUACCAUCACUACGGGACAAGAAGUCAUCACCGAGAGCAAGACUCACUCCCAGUUCCUCAUUUUCUCCUCUCAGCGUUCUGACUCUGGCCUCUACCGUGUACACCUGAAGAAUGACUAUGGAGAGGCUCACUAUGAUGUCAACGUCAGGGUUACAGACUUUCCCCGACCCCCGGAAAAUCUCCGCCUGGAAGAGGAGGUUCCGGGCACAGUGACCCUACUGUGGGAUCACACCCCAGACCUGGCCGACGACAAUGAGGGAGCACAUUACAUCAUCCUGAAACGUGACACCAGUACUGCCUCCUGGUUCACAGUGGCCGAGUGUGUCUUCAGCAGCAAGUACACCGUCACUGGACUGCUUCCCGGGAGGAAGUACUACUUCAGAGUCAUCGCACAUAACUCUAUCGGAGACAGUGAUCCCUUAGACUCGAAGGAACCUCUCAUCAUCGCCAAGGAGAAAGAGUGCGUCGGCAGCCUUCGGUUGAGGGAAUAUGCCUCACCACCAUGUCAGUUGAAACCCAUGUUCCUGCUGCCACUGAAGGACCACGCUGUUCGCAGAGGGCAUGACUGCACCAUGAGCUGUGCCUAUCAGGGCAUGCCAACACCACAGGCCUGCUGGUAUAAGGGGGAUUCGAAGAUCUCGGACUCCCCUCGGUUUUGGCAGAGCACAGCCAAUGGAGUAUGCACCCUGGUCAUCCCCACCUGUGGAGCCAAAGAUGGCGGUGAAUACACACUGAUGCUGGAGAACCCUCUGGGGAUGGCCAAGUGCUCCUGCAACCUGGUGGUUUUUGAUAAGGAUGAUAUGGGUCUGUUGGAGAGCUUGAACAAGCAGGCAAACAAAGAGAAGCUUAUUUUUUAAGAAGUCUGCUUGAACUGUUGCCAUGACAGAUGCACUUCGUUUGGCAAUGGCCUUAUGCUGCAUGUUCUAUAUAGUUAAUAACAAUAAUCAUAGCUGUGGUUACAGUUUAUCUAUUAGAAAUCUAUAAAUCAGAUUUUUAGGUCAAAGUGCUGUUUUUUCCCCUCCAUCUUUCAACUCACCGUCCUUGGCUUUGGUAAUGCAUCAAACUAACACCAGAGGUCAGACUUGCUCCCAUCCUUCAGUAGGCAUUCAGCCCCUGGAGCAGAUUCAUGUUUGGUGUGUUGUAGGGGUUUUUACUCAUUAGUCAGUUCACUCAACCCAAGAGAUUGUUCUUUCUCUCUAAGUGACAAAUACUUUACUCUCUAUAAAGAAAUUUGACUUUCA